CAAUCUUUUCUUCAUAACACAAAACAAAAACACACAAACACAAACAGAGACAGAGACAGAGACAAACCUCAGAUCCUUGGAUCCCAUAUCUCUCUCUCUUAACAACCUCCAUUUCUGACUCUUAUUUCUUAAUAUAUAUAUAUAGGAAUAGAAUGUACCUAUAUAAACCAAACUCUCUCUAUAUCUCGAGCUCCUUCUAUCUUGAUUGAAAGCAAAGUCUCUCUGAUACACAAUAGUGUGAAUUUGAAGACAAGGACAACAGCAAUACCCAGAAAAAAAAAAAAAGUAUUCCUUCAAGACCCAGCAAAAUCCAUACCUCUUAUUCCUGAAUAUACACAUAACAGACACUACCUUCAAUACCAUUAUGACCGUUUUCAAUUUAUUUAAUGUGGGGUUUGUGUGAUCUGAGAUGGGGGGUUGAGCUUUGUUACAAUGUGUGUUGUGUUUAAGCGUUCCUAGGUGUUGUGUUUUGGUUGGUUGUUCUUUGGGAUCUUGAAAGAACAUGGCUUUGUUCCGCAAGUUCUUUUAUAGGAAGCCACCAGAAGGGCUUUUGGAGAUCUCUGAAAGGGUUUAUGUAUUUGAUUGCUGCUUCACAACGGAUGUUUGGGAAGAAGAUGAAUAUAAAGUCUAUAUAGGAGGCAUAGUUGGUCAACUCCGCGAACACUCCCCUGAUGCUUCAUUCAUGGUCUUCAACUUUCGAGAAGGAGAGAACCAAAGCCAGAUAUGUAACAUAUUGUCUGAAUAUGAUAUGACGGUGAUGGAUUAUCCACGACACUAUGAAGGUUGCCCGUUACUCACAAUGGAGAUGAUCCACCACUUUUUGAGAUCAAGUGAAAGCUGGCUGUCACUUGGGCAACAAAAUGUGCUUUUGAUGCAUUGUGAACGUGGUGGAUGGCCAGUAUUGGCUUUCAUGCUGGCUUCCCUCCUGAUUUACAGGAAGCAGUACACUGGUGAACAAAAAACUCUGGACAUGAUUUACAAGCAAGCACCACGGGAACUUUUGCAGUUAAUGUCACCACUGAAUCCAUUGCCUUCGCAAAUCAGGUACCUUCAGUAUGUAUCCAGAAGAAAUGUCGGCUCAGAAUGGCCUCCACUGGACAGGGCCCUUACAUUAGACUGCGUCAUAAUUAGAUUCAUUCCUAAUAUGGAUGGAGCGGGUGGUUGCCGUCCAAUAUUUAGGAUCUAUGGACAGGAUCCUUUUAUGGCUGCUGAUCGGACAACCAAAGUUCUGUUCUCGACUUCAAAGAGGAGCAAACUUGUUCGGCACUACAGUCAGGAAGAUUGUGAACUUGUUAAAUUUGACAUCCAUUGCCACAUCCAAGGUGAUGUUGUUCUUGAGUGCAUUAGUUUGGAUGAUGAUCUGGAACGUGAACAGAUGAUGUUUCGGGUUAUGUUCAAUACAGCCUUUAUAAGAUCAAAUAUUUUGAUGCUUAAUCGUGAUGACAUUGAUGUCGUAUGGAAUGUGAAGGACCAAUUUCCCAAGGAAUUUAGAGCAGAGGUUCUUUUUUCGGAUAUGGAUGCUACUGGUCCUCCUAUUUCAAUUGAUUUGGCUGGUUUAGAGGAGAAAGAAGGGCUUCCUGUGGAAGCAUUUGCUAAAGUUAAAGAGAUUUUCAGCAAUGUGGAUUGGCAAGAUCCAAACGCUGAUGCAGCACUAAACGUUAUUCAACAAAUCACAGCGUCUAAUAUUCUUCAGGAAAGUCUGGAGGCCGUUUCUGUUCUCACUGCUGAAACAGGUAGCUCGUUGCAAGAUUCAAGUCAUGAAAAACUAAAAUCAGAAUCCAGUGCCUCUGAAAACAACAUCAGGUGCCUCACAUCGGUGGAUAUGCUCCAACAAAUCAAAGUAUCAAAUGCCAUUCAGAAAAUAUUGGAUCCCAUGCAUUCUGCAGAAGUGGGUAGCUUGUUGCUGGAUUCAACUCCAGAAAAUCUAAAAUCAGAAUUAAAGGACACAGAAAAAAUAACCAGGAAUCCCACGUUGAUGGGCCAGGGAAAACAAUCUACAACCUCUUUUGAAUCAUCUCUAGAUUCUCUAUUAGUUAGGAAGAAGAUUGAGCCCCAAGAGUUACGGUUUGCUCUCCAACGGCCUGCCCAACCUAAGAUCAUAUCCCAAAGAGGACCUCAAACUUCCCUAUCUACUCCAGUUUCAUAUUCUAAUUCUUUGCAAGGUUCACCUGUGCCUAUAUCAAGAUACCAUAGUGCGCCCUCAGCCCUUGGCAUUACAGCUUUAUUGCAUGAUCAUGCUGCAUCUAGUGGUGAAGAGGUUAAGCAUGCGUUGACAGUACCUUUACCUUCUCCCACUUCUUUGGCUGCUAUUUCAAGUACCCUCAAACCUGUACAGCCAACUAAUGUGCCUAUUCCUCCAACAACAACACCUCCACUGCCCCCUUUCUCAUUGCAAUCUUCAAUGGAUGCUCCUACAUCUCAGUCAAUGCCUCUACCAAUUUCAAGUGCAGCAGAUUCUUCACCUACCCAACAUCCUGGGACCACAGUACAGUCAUCAUUACCUCCUCCUCCCCCUCCACCCCCUCCUUUAGGGGCAUCUCAAUCCUUUGCUAUCAAGAGUUCAUGUACAAUCCCCUCUCCCCCUCCUCCACCACCUUCAUUGGCUGGGGUGCCAUCUUUGUCUGUCAAGAGUUCAUUUUCAACUCCCCCACCCCCACCUCCACCUCCACCUCUGCCUACUUUGACCGAAACAUUCCCAUCUUCCAGUAUCAGAGACUCAUUUUCAACUCCCCCUCCCCCUCCUCCCCCUCCUCCAUCCCCUGGCAUUCCUUCUGUACUACCUGUAAAGAACUCAGCAGUUACAUCUGCCCCUCAUCCAUCACCUCCUCCCCCUCCUCCACAUUCUAGAUUUGCUUCAGGUCCUAAUAAAACAUCUUCAGCACCAGCACCAGCACCACCCCCUCCUCCAGCUCUGUUUGUGAAUGGGUUAACGAAAGUGGGUAGUUCUGCUCCACAGUCUUCCUCUGUAGUUAGUAAUGGAAAUGUAUCUCCAAUUCCUGGACCACCUUCUGGUGCUCCAUUCAGUGCAAAGGGACGGGGCCUAUCACGUAUAGGUUCUAGAAAUCUGGCUCAGCCUAAAAAGUCUAAUCUUAAGCCAUAUCAUUGGUUAAAGUUGACUAGGGCCAUGUCAGGAAGCUUAUGGGCUGAGGCACAGAAAUCUGAUGAAGCUACUAAGGCUCCAGAGUUUGACAUGUCAGAACUUGAGAGUCUUUUCUCUACUGCUUUGCCAAAUUCAGAUCAUGGAAGCACAGGAGGAAAAUCAAAUCGCCGUGCCUCUGGACCUAAAUCUGAAAAAGUUCAGCUGAUUGAGCUAAGGCGAGCAUAUAAUUGUGAAAUCAUGCUUUCAAAAGUUAAAGUCCCUAUUCCUGAUUUGAUGAGUUUAGUACUGGCCUUGGAUGAGUCAGCGCUAGAUAUUGAUCAGGUUGAGAACCUCAUAAAGUUUUGUCCAACAAAAGAAGAGACAGAAUUGCUAAAGGGUUAUGGUGGAAAUAAGGAAAACUUGGGAAAAUGUGAACAGUUCUUCUUAGAAUUGAUGAAAGUGCCACGGGUAGAGUCAAAGUUGAGAGUUUUCUCCUUUAAGAUACAGUUCCGUUGUCAGGUUUCCGACCUUAGAAAAAAUUUGAACAUUGUCAAUUCUGCAUCUGAAGUGGUAAGUUACUUUUUUUUUUUAAAGAUUCUCUACUGUCUGCAAAUUUUUUUUUCUGAACAGUUUUAUCUCUUACACCAUUUUCACUGCUGUGCUUAUCAGAUCAGGAAUUCAGUCAAAUUGAAAAGAAUCAUGCAAACAAUUCUUUCUCUGGGUAAUGCUUUGAACCAUGGAACUGCAAGAGGUUCUGCAAUUGGAUUUCGUUUGGAUAGUCUCCUUAAACUCACUGAUACACGGGCCCGGAACAACAAGAUGACUCUCAUGCAUUAUCUUUGUAAGGUGCUUGCUGAGAAGUUGCCAGAACUUCUAGAUUUUCAUAAAGACUUAGUGAAUUUGGAGGCUUCAACAAAGAUACAAUUGAAAUAUCUGGCAGAGGAAAUGCAGGCCAUUAGUAAGGGGCUGGAGAAGGUUGUACAGGAAUUGACUGCCUCAGAAAAUGAUGGUCCUGUGUCUGAAAAAUUUUGCAAGAUAUUAAAUGAAUUCCUCGGUCAUGCUGAAGCUGAAGUGAGGUCUUUGGCUUCGCUUUAUACUAAUGUGGGUAGAAAUGCUGAUGCUUUGGCUCAGUAUUUUGGGGAAGAUCCAGCCCGGUGUCCAUUUGAGCAAGUCGUAUCUACUCUGUUCAACUUUGUGAGGAUGUUUGUACGAGCACAUGAGGAAAACUGCAAGCAGAUUGAGCUUGAAAAAAAGAGAGCGCAGAAGGAGGAAGAAGAGAAAUUGAAGUUAAAUGCACCCAAAAAGGGGCCCUUACACUGGAUGCAGACUGCCAUCAAGAGUGGCAACGUCAAAUGAUCAAGUGUUACAAAAAUUACAUUCUGAUGAGCAACACAAGAUAACAUAAUUGCCCCAUGGAUGAAAAAACCCUAAAAAGGACUGAGAAAACAAACCACAACUGGCAGCACUGAUGUUGAUGACAUGGAGAUUGUUUAAUCUGAAUGGUAAGGAGGAUAAGCAGUUAAUGAAAUGCAGGUGGUGCAUGGCUGGGAGAGUCAUUUUUAAACAUUGUGCUGGAGUUGAAGGAGUCCUGUUCGAUGAGCUACUUUUAUGAAGCUCUUUAAGAAUUAUGUAGUGUAAAUCUGUUAUCAUCAUUUUUUACUGUGUAUAUAUUUUUUGAUUGAUAGGGAUGUAAAUGUUGAUAUAUAUAUACACAUAGAUAGUACAUAAAGAUGAGUAGAGAGCAAUAUUUUCUCCUCUUGAAAGUAAGCAAUUAUCAAAGAUGAGUAGAGAGCAAUAUUUUUCUCCUUUUUCACCCAACAAAAUUGAUAUUACGUGAGUUGUUUUGAACUGACU